CAAUUUUUAAAAUUUAGACUGAUUCUUGAAAAUUGUAUAUUGUGAUUGAGCUAGUAAGGAAGAAAGAAUAAUUUACCUCGACAAUAACGUUUCAGUUCUGGGUGCAGAAUCGACUGUGUGUGUGUGUGUGUGUGUGUGUGAGAGAGAGAGAGAGAGAGAGAGAGAGAGAGAGAAGAGAGAGAGAGAGAGAGCACCGCUCAAUGCCGCCUAAAUCCGCCUCGACCACUCGGCCCCAGCGCCGGUCUGAUCAAACAGCUGGUCGGAGACCCAUUCCGGGACCUAAUUCAGCUGCCCCCAGUAAUUCCCGUCCUCCUUCCUCUACAAGCGCCUUGACGACCGGCGUCAUUCGACCGCCGUCCGCCGCCAUUUCCACCUCCAACGAAGCCUUUCAAGAAACCAGAUCCUUAAUUACAUCUAAUACCGAAAAAGCCCUUCAAGAACCCCUCCAUGCCAAAACUCCUGCUUCCCGACCUCCUCAACCCCGAAAUUCUGGAAAAACCCUAGCUUCUAAUUCUGGAUUUUCAAAGUCUGAUAUGGGUAGCUUUGGUGGCAACAAAAACAAAGAAUCGGGAAAAUCAUUUGAUCCCGUACAACCUGAUACACUCAUUAGCGUCCAAGCUGUAACUAAUGGAGAUGGAAAGGAAAAUGCCGUUGGUUCAUCUUCUCUACCACCGCACGUGCCGGAUGAUGGUUCUGUUAAACCCGUGGAGCCCGAGAGUGUGGCGAGCGGAGCGGCACUCCCUGGAAAGGGGAAGAGGACAAUAGUGAGGAAGACAGUUAGAAUUGUGAAGAAGAUUGUAAAGAGGAGAGUGCCUAAGAAGAGGGCUUUGAUGGAUGGUUCGGAGAAUCAAGAAUCGGUGGCGAAAGACGAAAACCGUGUGGAUUCGAGUGAGGUAACACAGAAUUCAAAUCUUGCAAAUGAUGUUAUUGAAAAAUCUAAUUUAGUGGAUGACGUAAUCGAUACAAAUCGUUCCGCUGAUGAGGGAAAGGAAUUGUUGGCCGGAGUGGAUGAUGUAGCAAAAAAAUUGCAUCUUUCGACUGAUGUUAUUGAAAAAUCUAAUGUUGUGGAAGGGGUGAACGAGGAAAGUAGCAUUAUUGAUGAGGCCAUGCAAAAGUCGGAACGUGUUAAUAAUGCAAGUAUUUCGGAACCAUUUAUUGGCGAAGAAGUUAACGGUACACGUGGCAUUUAUUGCAUGGAGACAGAACCAUCAAAACUCGAUUUCGGUGCACGUGUUCCCGAACAAGUGGUGCUAGCUAAUGAUCAAAGGGAAUGUAUGAAUAGUAACGAUGUUAUAACUGAAGUCGAUAGUAAUGACUUGAAUGUUUGUGUUCAUGAUCCAGUGGAACUUGAAAAUGUUAACUCUGCAACUAGACCUAACAUGGAGAUUAACGAGAUGACGAACACUGCGACAGAGCAUCAUUUAAGUGAUUCUUUUACGGAAAACGAGAACUUGGAUAUUGUCAAUAAAGUGGAUGUGGGUCCCGUGGGAGAAAAAAGUGUAGUUUCUGACGGGGAAAAAUCUGAAAGUAUUAGGUUGAAUGAGGGUUUAUUAUUAAGCGGGGAAAUGGAGGCACUGGAGCGAAAGAAGAGGCGGAAAACGGAGAUAUUUGUUGGUGGAUUGGAUAACGAUGCAAAAGAGAGUGACGUUAGGAAAGGGUUUGAAGAAGCUGGUGGAAUUGCAGAAGUAAGAUUGGUGAUGGAUGGAAAGUCGGGGAAGAACAGAGGAUAUGCCUUUGUGCAAUUCGCUACAGCUGCUGAUGCCAAAAACGCGCUGGCAAAAUGUUCUAAAGUUGAGAUAUGUGGGAAGGUGUGUAAUGCAGCACCGGUUGGCGGCAACGAUACAAUAUUUCUCGGCAACAUUGACAGAAACUGGAAGAGUGAAGACGUGGUAAAAUUGUUAGAGAAAGCCGGCAUCAAGAGAAUCGAUAAAGUUACUGUUAAGGAUGAUCCGAAGAAUACAGGAAAGAAUCGAGGGUUCGCCUUUCUUGAGCUCGAAACCUGCAAAGAUGCUCAAACUGCAUACAUGAAACUCCAAAAGAAGGAUGUUUUCGGAAACGUGAUGGUUAGAGUUGCAUGGGCGCAACCUUUAUCCGAGCCAGCCGAUGAAGAAAUUUUAAAGGUCAAAUCCGUUUAUGCAGAAUAUCUACCGUAUUCAUGGGACGGAGAGAAAGUGAAAGAAUAUUUCGGAAGAUUUGGAGAUAUCGUAAAUGUUGUCCUUGCAAAAGAUCUUCAUUACUCUAGGAGAAAAGAUUUUGCUUUUAUUAACUAUACAACCCGGGAUGCUGCUCUUGCAUGCAUCGAGGCUGUCAGCAGAGAGAGAUUGGAGGAUGGCUGCUCCAAGGUUAAGAUAGCUGUCUCUCUCGCAAGACCAGUUCAGGGGACGAACGCGAAACAUACCUCUCAUCUACCUGUUAAGCAACUCUCCUAUUCAGCGCAAAAGGCAGAAACCUCUGUAAACCCGCACGAGCCUAGAAACAAGGGGACGCUUGGUAGCAGUAGUUAUGGUCAGAUGAAAGUUGAUAAUAGGGCUUCUACGAACGAUGAACUUGUACAUUUAUUGAGGCAGCAAUCAUCAACUAAGCGUACCCCUCCGCCGCAUUCCAGGUGGCCACAUGCAUCAACUGAGAAUAUCGUUCCGUAUCCCCGAACAGGUGUUGACGCUCCGGACUAUCGUUUUCCGUCACCUGGGAGCGGCAAGCGGCCGUUUUCAUUAGUGGCACACGAUCCAAUGUAUGCGGUACCCCAAGGGUUACCGAGAAUGCGUAUGGAAAGUUCUUAUCCGAAUUCAGGCCCAAGUUCCUCGUUUCACGGUGUCGGUGCAUUAUCUUUCCCCUAUCAUCAGCAUCAGCAUCAUCAUCAUCAUCAGCAGCCAGGGCCUGGCCCCACCUCAGAGUCAGUCAAUGGGAGGAGAACAUAUACUAGUCAUUAUGAGACAAGGGAACAAGCUCCUUACUAUGGAGACUACAAUAGAUACCCUAGAUAUUGAUGAACCGACCUGUACAGUGGUGUGCUAUAACUGGAGCUGAGUUAAUUGUUUCUGCUCGGCCUAAAACCUGGAAACUCACAUUAGUUGUAUGUUGUACAUUGUAUCGGAAAGUGGUUACAUAUAGGAACCGUUUUACCUUUAUAUAUGCGAUGUUGAUGUAUCGAUAAAUUAUAGGAUUACAAAUGUGACUUUGUAUUAUUAACUAAUAAAAUUUAUAGAAUGUUUGGUAAAA